GAAGAACAAAGUCGUAUUAGAAUUGUUUCUGUUUGUUUCCGCGCGCAGUGCACGAAACCUAGGUUUUCUAGCUUCCCAAAAUCGAGGGAACCUUGUUUCAGUUCAUUUCCUUCACCAAAACCCUAAAUACGAAAAGAACUUACCAUUUUUGAUCCCCUUGCACCUUGCUUCAUCUUCCAUUUCUUCAUCCUUCGUACCUUCUUCUAUUCACACCUAUUUCUUAUGCUUCACACCGGCGAGCCAGUUAGCCAAGCUGUUCAUCGUUAGAGGUACAAAUCAAAUAAAUUUAUGGACAAGUAUUGUAUUGAAGAUUGAAGAUGUCAUGUUGGGACUCUGUUGCAAUGGAAGUACGAGAUAUGGCGUUAUUGAAUGCGACCCUAUGAUAAAGAAGGGCCUUGAAAAGACUGUGCUACCGAACAACUCUGCUUCGUCUCGGAAGCAAGAGCAUGUGGAAGCUGGCAAGCGUCGGUCUGCAAGGAAUGCUGAUGUCCCAGUAAUAUUUGAUGCUGGGGGAAUCGAUGCACCAAUUCCACAAGAAUUACUGGAUUGUGUUGAUAUUUUUAGUCCUAAUGAAAGUGAACUUGGUCGCCUUACAGGAAUGCCAACCGAAAGUUUUGAAGACAUUACGCAGGCUGCUCUGAAAUGCCAUGAAUGGGUAAGUUCAAGUAGUACCGUAGGGAUAGAGCAGUGGAACUGAGACAAUGUGUGGAAUUGGUGGAGCUGUCAUUGGAACACAACAAGCUUGUUCGGCCUCUUCUUAACUUCAGGCUUUUGAGUUAGAUGGUUUUUGUGAAUUUGUUUGGACUUCAUGUAAAAUAUAUGAUUUUGUUAGUUGUUCUUUGCUUCAAAUAUCUAAUCAGUUUUGUUAGUUGUUGCCAACUAGUGAAUACA